AUGCUUUCUUCCCAUUGCAGAACUCCAGCUUUGAAAAGACUCUUCUCGGUGACAAUGAAUAAGGCUCUGUCAGAAAGAACUAGUGAACUCGCAGCCAAUUACGACAGGAUUUUGCUGCAAGUGCAAAGCAAGGCCCAAGGAAAGCCUGUUAGGCUAGUAGCAGUGUCUAAACUCAAGCCUGCUUCAGACAUCUUAGCUUUAUACGAGCACGGUGUGCGUCAUUUUGGCGAAAAUUAUGUUCAAGAGAUGAUUGGAAAGGCUAAUGAGCUUCCCAAGGAUAUCAACUGGCAUUUCAUUGGAGGUUUGCAGACCGGCAAGUGUAAAGACUUGGGCAAAGGCAUCGAGAACUUGUACGCUGUCGAGACACUUGAUUCUUUGAAGAAGGUUAAGAAGCUAGACACUGUCCGUACAAACGCUAAACUUCCCGUCAUUAAUGUUUAUUUGCAGAUAAACACUUCCUCUGAGGAACAGAAAUCUGGUUACAGUCUAGAUAAUCUCGAUGAGAUCUAUGAAACGGUAGAGUUUCUUCAAAAAAGCCAAUCUUUGAAAUUGGAAGGCAUCAUGACUAUCGGUUCUUUUGCGGAGUCAACCUCUGACAGUGGGGCAAACAAGGAUUUUACUCAGUUGGCUGACUUGAAAAAGAAACUUGAUGAAAAGUAUUCCCUUGACUUACAGUUGAGUAUGGGUAUGAGUAAUGACUUUGAAGCUGCAAUCGAACAAGGCUCUACAAGCGUUCGUGUUGGAACUUCAAUUUUCGGAGCUAGACCUCCUAGAAACGGGCAUUAA